AUGGAGAACAACAAAGGAGAUGAGUUGGAGGAUUUCAUCGAAUCGUCCCAGGUUCCAACGCUUCGAACGAAAAUUCGUGAAAAAAGACCCAAUUACUCCUGGCCAAAAUUUCCCCCUAUGGAAAGAAGGAAAAAGAAACCAUCGAAGCGGUUACGGGAUAACAAAACCGUCUCCCAAUGCCUCCAGCAGGUGUGGAAAAAGUCACCGAGCAAACCUUCUUCGGCUACUGUGACCAAACUGCAAGCUAGUGUAACGAAUGGUCCUGCGUCGGACAAUGAUUGCAUAAUGUUUGCUUCAACUCAGCAGGAGCCACCGAAUGGUGAAAUCCAGGCUGUGGCGUCAGUUAGCUUGUUCGCCCAGCAGGAUAAGGCUUUGGCACGGUACAUUUUCGACGAAUCCACCGAGGCACAGGUGGAAGAACAGCUGGAAAAGCUGCUGGAUGGAUUUCAGGCUGAAUAUCGGCAGCAGUGUGCGGGGAUGAACCGUUCUCCUGUUCCUUGUGCUGAGGUAGAGCGUACUGCAUCUUUGCCAUCAACAAUUCUAUCCGAAGCUAGUAUGGAGCUAGAGGAAAUGCCGGCGAAAGGGAUUCACGAAAAUGUAGCUUCUCCACUUCAAGCGAUAAGCGAUAUAUUACCAAAUUUUAGCGAAGAGUUACAACGAAUGGAAGAAAUAUUGACAAAUAGUAAUCCUUUACAGCCAACUCCAUCGUUGGUGCCAGUAUCGGUAGCCAAUACCCAAAUUAUGCCCAUAGUAGAGGUUCCACAAGUUCAGGAAGCAAAUACAGUCAUAUCCACAGUUACCGGCAACGUUUGCUUGGAUCUGUCCAAACAGGUGGAUGAGAGCACGGCGAAGAACGCAAAUUGGGCACUAGCGUCCAAAAUUGUAGCUGUGGAACGAGAAAAGACCAAUCAGAACCUUUCCUUACACCUACGUAUUGCGGAAGCAACAAACUCACCACGGGUAGAUGGUGUUCUCGAUCUACGUACCAAUAAUGCUCAAACGAUUCCUCACACAGCAAUGCACUACUCCACUCGAACUGAAGUGCCAAAUCGACCACUCAUCACCAAAACAUCGGAUUGUGGCAUACAGACGAACUUGCAUCGCAGACGUCGAAAUGUCGCUGUGCAGCAUCGUCCGGUAACUUCGUUCGAAUUUACCGAUCGUAAUGUAAUCGUUCUAGCGCAGCAGUUUGAAGCCGACCCGAGCAUGCUGCAAAGGAAGCUUAGACAAAUUGCCAAAACGUCCACAGACACGAUAUGGUGUCAGCGGGAUCUUUCCACUGUAUUUACCACGGCAGAUCCGUACUAUGCGAAUUUGAAACAUUUCUUGUAA